AUGGAAGCUCUCGAAGCUGGCUCCAUUGGAUUGGAACGGCGCCUGAAGAAUGUUCCUGAGGCUCUCGACAAAGUCUUCGACGCAAUUAUCCGAGAACAUGAACAAGUUGACAUUGGGCAACAAGGUCAUCAUAGGGACUUUGUAGACACAUUACUUUCCUUGAUAAACCAACCCAUGAAUACCCAUGAUGAGCAAAUUUACACAAUUGACCGAGAGAGUAUAAAGGCUAUCAUGUUGGACAUGUUUGCGGGCGCAUCAGACACUUCAAGUGCUGCAAUUGAGUGGAGCCUCUCUGAGCUCUUGAGGCAUUCACGAGUAAUGAAACAUCUACAAGAAGAGCUAAGAAGUGUUGUUGGAAUGAAUAGAAUGGUGGAGGAAACAGAUUUGGAAAAGUUACCAUACUUGGAUAUGGUGAUAAGAGAGAGUUUUAGACUACAUCCUAUUGCAACAUUUCUAAUCCCACAUCAAUCCAUGAAGGACAUUGAGAUUAAUGGAUAUUACAUACCUAAGGGAACAGUAAUUUUAAUAAAUUCUUGGACUAUUGGAUGA